GUUGCUAUUUUCAUAGAGUAUAGAAUCUAUGGGAAGAACCGGUUUAAUUUGAUGCUGUAGCUCGCUCAGUAGGUAGUUAGUGCAGUUGAGUUGAAAUGCUGUGAGUGAAGUGUGGAAUUUGUUAUAAGAACUACAUGAACACGAAAUACUGCGGGAAGCACGACCGGGAAGAAACGCUCCUAACCAUCGACCAGUCUAGCUUAGUUUUCGAGUCUAGAAAGUUGCUUCGGAAUGAUCGUGGGAUACUACUUGACACUGGUCGUACUGUUGAUAGCUUGCAAAUCAGGGCAAGCCAAAGUGUUCCAGAAGUGUCCGUUGGCGAGACAAUUGGACAAUCAUCAAAUUUCAAGGACAUUGAUUUCGAACUGGAUUUGUCUAGCUAACGCCGAGAGUGGUGGUGAAACUUCUAAGAAAGUAUCUUUGGACAAUCUCACCACGAGUUACGGUAUUUUUCAGAUCAACAGUAAGGAAUGGUGCCGUGUGGGACGCAAGGGUGGAAAGUGUAACAAGAAUUGCGAAGCUUUCCUAACGGACGAUAUCUCAGACGACAUUGAGUGCGCCAAAUUAAUUCACAAGGAUCAAGGCUUCUCCUACUGGAAAGGUUGGGUAAGCAAGUGCAAGCAAAAACCGCUGCCCGACAUUUCCAGCUGUUGGAACUGAAGCCCGCCGAAACCACACAGCAAUGGCUUGGGUAGAGUGUAAAUAAGUAAGAAAUCGGUAUAAAUAUGCCACUGUUAUGAUUAAAGAGGAAAUAAAUUCGGAACAGUAUAAAAUGAA